AUUCGUCUCCUUUACAUCCAAAUCCACUUAACCAAACCAGACGAAUUUGCAUUUCGCAACUCGCCAUCUCUCUCUCUCUCUCUCUCUCUCCCCUGCACGGCACCACCAAAUCCUCAGGUAGAGAGCCCGCGUCGGCGCCCUCUUCUGCUGGGCUUCGCGGAUUCAGUACCCGCGCACUUUGCAUGACGAGCGCUUCGGAGCUGUUCUACAGCAGGAGAUCUCGUCUGAACCGCACUUCGGCGGCGGCAACUGCGGUGGUUGAUCAGGGAUUAGGGUUCGACCACCCCCCCGAUCGGAACCCUCACCCUCGCCGCCACCAUCACGCUCACAGGCAUGACUUGGACGGCUGCGAUCCUCUCCGGCGGUCCCCGCACGCGCGCCUUCGGGUCUCCCACUCUGAACGUGUGUCGAAUUGGGUAGGGCAAGGUACUUCUGCUUCUGGCAAUAGCAUGAAUGUGCACCCUCCGAGCAGUGUAAGGAGACCUGAUAUUUCGACAAAUGAAAGGCUUCCUGGUUCUGUGCUGCUUGCUAGGGAAAGACUUCUUGAAAGGCUCAGAGGAGUCUCUCUUUCUGGAAACAGGCGAAGCAGCAGAGAGUCCUCCUCCACAAACCAUCAAGAAAAUAUGUACGAUGAUCAUUGGAGGCUGGCCGAUAUAAGUGAUUGGGGAGUUGAAACUUCGAUGCAGCCUUCAACUGUAAGUUCUCAUGUUAUUGGAUUGUCCUUGCCACCAGAACCAAUCACGACAAUGAGCAUGAAGAAGCCGCCUGGCCUGAGUCAGGAUGCGAUAGACCAUUUGCAGCAGGAAUUCUUUGGUUGUGCAGAUAAGGGUGCACAAGGAUUUGUGGACGGGGUCAAGCAAGAAUGCUGUAUCUGUCUCGAGAGUUUUUUGGAAGGCGAUAGACUUACGUGUUUGCCCUGUGAGCACAAAUUCCACUCUGCUUGCUUGGUUCCGUGGGUCCGGACUUGCGGCGACUGCCCAUAUUGUCGUGAAGCCAUAACUGUAAGUACUAGCCAAACGGGAUGAGAGGAAAUAGUGUGGGUAAUUAGAUUUCAAUUUUCUUAGCUCUUUCCUUGCUUGCCUGCCGGUUCUUCCACUUGAAAGUACGGGGAGAGUUUGACCUGUAGUUGAUGAUUCCGUAUCAUUCUGUGUUUGUGUGAAGGGAUUGUAUCACAUAGCAACUCUCGAACACUUUGAUGAUGUGGACAUUUUUCCCAGAUUAUUUAUUGCUUGACCUAUACGUAGGAAAA